AACCGAUCAGUUGACUAACUUUCAUAUCUGUGGAAAGUCCUUAAAAGAAAAGUGUUCAAGAUGAUUGGAAAAUCUUUAAGUAAAUUGUGUGUUGUGGUACUUCUAGUUGUGAACAAUCAUAUAGUACAUUCAGGACCUGUGCCUGACAUAAAUGAGAUUGAUCAUCCGUUUAAUGUAAAAGAAAUGGAUUUUUAUGACUCUAUCUUAUCUGUUAAUGAAGUUUCAAAUGAAGACGAAAAUGAUGUGUUUUAUAAGUUUAAUGCAAAUCCGAAAUUAAAUGCAGACGACACAACAACUGAUGAGACCACAAUCACCACAGAGGGUGAAACCAUAACAACUGAUGAGACUGCAACAACUGAUGAGACUGCAACAACUGAUGUGACCGUAACCACAGAUGUGCCCACAACGGUCACAGAAGAUCAAACGACAGUAACAGAAGAGUCAACUCAAGAAUCAUCAAAUUCCACACCACCUACAACACCAAGUCAAACUACAAGUCCAACAACAACUGCAGCUCCCGGAAGUUCUACUUCUCAAGCUUCCUGUGCUUCUUUGAUUUCAAUGAUUUCAAUAUUUUUCCUUUGGAGAAAUUUGUAGAAAAUGAAAAGAUUUUAUUUUUUUUUCUGUAUAAAUAAGAACAUAAAUUAUUAUUUUUCAUAUUA